UUUCUGUCCCUCUCUCUCUUUCUUCUUUAACUCCCAGACUGCUGCUUCCUCAGAAUUUGUUUUUCUUUUUCUCUCUUUCUCAAAAGUAGUUGUGCUUACAGUCUGAAGAUUGUGAAGUCGUAAGAACCAUGGUAAAACUCUCUCUCUCACAAACAGGUGCAAAGAAAGAGCAUUAAUUGAGAAGCUGCUUUUAAAAACCUUUGGUGUCAUAUUUUCGUUUUUCAUUUCGUCUUUAAAUUCUACCCUUCGAAAAUAAAUUGUGGUUUUCACAUUAUUUUCGAAACGCCGAACUGCGGGAAAACAGUGACGCUAAUCAAGUAACCGAGAUGAUAUCAUUAAAAAUUUUAUUCCGCUGAGAUCAUGAUAGGUUUGGUGGAAAACAUCCCGACAGUAAAUAGAUUCACUUGAUUAUAUUAGCCACACCGGGGCGAGACAGAACGGGGUGGUAACAGCGGGGCUAUUCUGCCAACCGUCGGAACUGCGUGAGACUUUGACAAACAAAAUAAACCAAGACCUGUUCGUGGGAGGAAACCCAGACAUAGUACCUCCCUGUAUGCCUCUUUUUUUUUCCCACCGCCCACAGGAGGGAGUCUUUGAUACGAGCUCGAAGCAGACACCGACAACAACAACCUGUGGCGCGUAUGUGAGUGAGUGGUAGACAAAGGUCACUUGUGAGUAUGCUAAUGAAGAGGUUAUCUGUGCAGCCUGGUCUAACGGGGAAGCGAGAUCGACUUUGACGAGGGCUUUGAUAUUUUUGCGAAGCUGGGGUUUCCCACACGACAGUGACAGUCGGCGUUAUGUCAGCGACGUGUCUGUGAACACACUGUGGUGGGAGGUGAUGACGGCGGCAGACGACAGGCUGGGUGUUUGUCAGAGACCUGCACUCACAGGGAGGAACAACAACAGUUUGCUGGUCUGAUGCUGCUGAAGGGUCUGUUGUCGACGGCGACUUUGAUGAAUGCAGAGGUCUCCUCUUAGGAUUGUCUUCUUGACCCACACCAUCACCGACAGACGAACUUCACCACAUUCAAAGGCCGCGUGACUUGUCGCCAUGGCGGACUUGUCAUCCCUGUGAUGUGACUGCAGGCAGGACUGCAGCAGCCCGUGUCAUGAAGGAGAUCGCAGACGUAACCAUGGUAACAGCCGGCUCUGUGGCAAAGGUGAAGCAGGAAUACCGUGAGGCAAGCACUCGCAUAGACCAGGCCCUCAACACCCUCAAAGGGGAACUGAUGGCGAUGCGGCAGCAGGAUGUGCAGCUGCUGAAACAGCUCAUCAACAUCUCGCAGACCAUCCAGCGGCUCCGGAGGAACCAGUGUCUGAGGGCGACACGGUCCUUGUCGCUGUCGGGUCAAGGUCUUGCCCUGUCAGCCAGCAGCGACGUCUGGCGGCGGCCUCCUCUGGUGAGGCAGCGAAGCGUCCCUCAGUCUCUGAUCCUCGACCGCCAGCUCCUCCUGGCGGGCAGUCACUCUCAGUCCAGUGCAGAAGGCGAGUUGGUGAGUUCCCCUGACGACUAUGACCUAAGCUCCGGAAGUGAACUGGAGGACAGCACCACGUCGUUACCCACGCUGCGACGCCUCCCUCCGUUCCCCUUCCGCGGGCGAACUUUGACCUGCCAGACCUUUGGCAACCUGGACGGCUGCAGUUCGACCCCGACACUUCCGCUGCGACCCCUGGCACGCCAACUGGGUCUCUCCUCCGACCUCUUGGACGGAAAUGACGACACGUCCUACGACGAAAUCCUGCGACGUAACAUCCGGCUGUGGAAGCUGGGAGUCAGCAGCCAGCCGGAGACUUUGCGGGAGGACAUCACGUGCAUCAUCUGAAUGUGACCGGGGACAGGGGUCAACUCGUACGAAAGUCUUUCAAAGUGUGGCGGGACAGGUGACUAGGACAGGUGCUUCACUGAGUUGUCAUACUGCUAGCACUAAGUUGUGUCGCAAGGCUCAUGUAGAUAUUCUGGAACAUUUCACAGAUUGUUUGUUAUGUUUCAACCUGACUUAAAGCCAUAUUUUCAUCAAAGGUCGUCACAGGUAUGUUACAUGUGUGCCUGUCAGUCGUUUCACUAAAAACUGUCACAAAUCAUAACUUAUGUCACACAUUAUUUGUUGCGGUGAAACACGACACAAGUCCUUAGUUCGUGCAAGAUUAUUAAUUAUCUUAAAUUUUGACACAAAGCAUUAAUUACUCUAUAAGAACAGUUUGUUUACUGUUUGACCAUCUCAAGUAUCGUGUGUAGAUGAUACAGUCGACAGGAUGAGCCGCAGUCAGCAGCGGAAAGAAUGCAGGAUUUUAUACUUUAUUUCGCAAAGAUUCUGGAAUCUGCUGUGAUAAAAGGACAUCUCGUCGGGAUGUGAGAAAAAGAAUUUUUUUUUCUUGUUUAUUUUCGCCCAGCUAAGCUCGGCUGGUGUUAUUUGCUUCGUACGAGCUCAAGCCUGUGACAAUGUGAACAUGUGAACAACUAACUCUGUGUUUAGACAAAUUCACCAUAGGUACAAUGUAAGUCCGGACGCCUAGUAUCUCUUAAUUGUAAGUACUAAACCUGUCAAUAACAGUGUUUUUCUUAUGCUACAUCUGUUUCCUUGAAAUUCUUGUUUAAGGUGUUGGUUUUAGUUGAUUUUUUGUUUAUUUAUUGUGUGCGAACGCUGUGUCGUACCUGUUGAUGUGGGAAACAAAGCCAGUAAAGCUUUUAAUGUGUUACAUUUACUAGGAGACACAUAUUAUAAUGCUACAAAUGUUAGAAGAGAGAAAGAAAUAGGGUAAGUACAAUUUUAGAGGCAGAGACAUUAAAGGGACUGUAUCGAACAUA